AUGACUCGCGUGCCGGCAGCCAUUGACAAGAGUCACGCCACAACACCACAGACUCCCCCACCCGUUCUCGCCAUCUCCCCGGCCAGGAACGCUCCCUUGCCCUUUGCCAGAUCUCCCCGGACCCCGGUUAACCAGCACUGGAUCCAUGUCCAUCAACGGCGGAUAUUUAUACGCCACCUGAAACAAUGGUCCAUGAGCCACGACUCAAGCCCGCAUUUCCAAGGAAAGAUCAGCCUGCUGCCUCCUGAUCCAAAAAGGAGCGAGGAAUUGGUCUUGGGUAAGAGUGUGCAGUGUGUUCUUACCGACUCGAGCUUCAAAGACUGCAGGAAAAAGGUUGUUGUCAGGCUGUUUAGCCCGCAGAUGGGCAGGAAGAGCAAGAGCAGGAAGCAGAGUGCAAAGACGACCGUGACGAUGGAUCCCAUGGACGCAUACGACCACACGGACACGUAUACAGAUCUGGACGAGGCCACUUAUGCGUUUACUGAAGAUGACGCGGCCCAGCCGGCCUCCCAAGCCAGAGCCAAUCCACCAAGCGGCUAUUACAAACUCGUCAUCCGCUGCGGUUCUGGCUGGCUAUCUGCCCGAGAGUAUUUCAACAAACUCUAUUUCACCCGCCUCGCCGUCAAGAAUAUCGGUCCAGACUCCAACCCCGUCUUCAAGAACGCAGACGACACCUUCACCACACGCUCGCAAGCCCUUGGCCCUCGACCUGCGUCCGAAGACACGGUCGACAUCCAGCCCUUGUUUCACCCCUUUCUCCGGCUACCUCAAGAGCUGCAAGAGAUGAUCCUGAUGACGGCCGCCGGGCUAACACGACACUACGAUCUUUUGCCUGACCUCAGCUACCGACUGCGUGCGAAACGUGUCCAAUCGCCCAUCAGUCUCUCCACGCUAUUACGCAUUUCCCCCGCCAUUACAGAUACGCUGCAGCCAUACAUUCUGCACCGGACCGUCUUCCACUUUGGCUUGACAGGAACCACAAAUUUCCUGUGGCAAUCAGGGCCUGUCAAUCGUUCCCACAUCCGCCGUCUCGCCUUCCAUUUUGGACGGGGCGCACUCCUACAUUCGGUGCGGUGGCUGGCACCCGAUCAGAUCUUCGACCUACUGCAACCCCCAGUGCAAAAGGAUAUGGGCGGCCUUCCGUAUUUCUGGCGCUGCCAACUGCGCGCUUUGACAAACGAGGUGCAUCUCAGCGAGCUCAUCAUCGAUGUUCAAGCUAUACCACAUACCGAUCUUGCCAUGGUGGUCAGGAUCAUGAAAGAAGCAUUCGGUGGUCUCGAGAAAGUUACAUUCGUCGAAACUUGCCUUGAUGGGAAGACAAAGGUGCUUGGAAGCGGCGACACGCGACUGAAAGAUGUGGGCAACGCCUCAUGGAGGGACAUGACCAAGGGCUAUGUGGAGAGGUACAAGAGACAAGUUGGGUGGCAUAAUUAUCAUUUUGGGCUAGAAGUUGCUGGUAUGACAGAGGAGGAAUUAGAGAAGAGCAUGGACGUGGAGAAGAAAUUUUUUGAUAGUUGA